CCCUCGAAACAAACACUUCCUGCCCGGUGCGGCGUCACUUGGAUCCCCCCUCGCCCGCACCACCAGCUACUCUGCCUCCUCCAGGACUCUUCAACACAACUCCUGCACCAUGGCUGAAUCUCUCCGCCGUAUGGUCAACAACGGAAACUUCACCUCCCUACAGGACAAGCUAGAAAAGUGGCUGGACGACUAUCAUAUCAACACCAAUGACCAGAACGUGGCACGUGCGUGUGAGCUGGUGGAGCUGAAUGCCAGGGUGCAGGGGCAGCUCUUCACUCUCCUCAACCUGGUGGCUUCAGAAGGUGGUCUCUAUGGAGGAGUCAACACGCUGAAGAACAGGCUCCUGCCAUGGCUGAGCUCAGGCUUUGCUGCGUCUGCAGCCAGUGUCUCCGCCGACACGAGCCUCGCCGUCCUGGCAGAGGCAGCGGACAAGGACCGCCAGAUCACGGAGAUCCAGUCACACUACGAGCAGCAGCUGGACAACAUGGAGAAGGACCUGAACGACACCAAGGAGGAUGCAGCAGCCCUGAAGGCCGAGUUGGACGAAACUCGUGAUGAGCUGGACGACACACGGCGGAAGUCCACAGGUACCAUGAUGGCCACUGAGGAUGAGAUUAUCCGUCUGAAGGAAGACCAGGUACGAUCCUUAGAGAAUCGGAUCAGAGAUCGUAGGCGGCAGUUGAGGCUUACAAGAGACGAGGCUUCUUCCCUGCGCACAAGGGUUGACCUGGUUGGUGAUUACGAGCGCCAGGUUCGCGUUCUGCGGGAUGAGAUUGCCAUUCUUCGAGGAGAGAGAGCUGCACUGGAGAAUGGAUUUCCAGAGCCCCUCCCACCCCUGCCACCACCGAGGCCUGGCUCCCCCACCCAUGCCAAGCUGACGGACUCUGUGCGCCGCUCGCGGCUGAUUGGUCGGUACAAUGACCUGUUUAGUAUCGACCGUGUGGAGGCCCUGACCACCCUGCGCCGCUACAUCCCGGAUGAUGAAGAGAUGGUUCAGCGUAUCAUCUUUGUCGGAGUGCAGGAGGCAUUCCAUGCUGCUAAGAUGGCGUUCCGCGCGAUGCGUCUGCGCGUGCGUAAGAACCUCGCCAUCACCCACGUCGGGCCGGAGACUCUGGAGGAGGCUGUUCUGGACUACAUCGUCAGGAACACCGACCUGUUUGAUGUCAACGGUGCUGUUCAGGACACCAUCCGUGCCAUGAACGUCAACCCUAAGAUCUCCUUCCCUGCUGAGAUUGACUUCAACCUGCUGCACCCAUUCAUCCGUGAGGUGUGCCGCUGUGGGUGGGGCAUGUGUGCCCUGGAGCCGCCGCUCGACAUCUCACCUGCUACAGACGCAGAGCUGUACAACGAGCUCAAGUACCGUAGGAGCUACGACUCGGAGUUCACGGCUCCCCUCGUGGCGUAUCACGUGUGGCCAGCUAUGAUGGAGUACGACAGGGUCGUGGUCAAGGGAGAGGCCGUGACCAAGAGGGGCGCUUCCUUGUUUUCCCCGCGCCGUAGUCGGAGUCGCAGCCCGAGCCCGAGGCUCCGGUCACCAAGCCCUUUGAGGAGUAAUACAAACAUUUUGAAAAUAGAACAGUCACCUCGUCGCGCCACCAGCCCCCGCCCCAUGAGUCCUAGCAGGAGCCGCUCUCCGAGCCCAACCCGGUCAGGUAGCGCCAUGUCAGUCAGUUCGCGCCCUAGCAGUCGUUCCUCCCCCCGACCCUACAGCGCUGCGUCUUCCUACGUUAGCUACUGACGCUGAACGGCAAUGGAGCAGCUGUUCUGAGAUUGGAUGCCUUACACAGGCCUUCUUGAAUCACUAUGCUAUAGAUCACCUACAGUAACCAGUUCCCUGCAUGAACACUGGACUUUACUUUCCAAUAACAACGGGUAUCUGAGUGUAAAAAAUGUUGGAUCUUUUCGAUGUCAAGUCCCUACAGGGCAUGCAGUGUUAUACAAUAUGGCAACAGUGAAAUACUCAAAAUACAAAGAUCACAGAGGCUCAAAGUAACUCACAGAAAGAAAUAAUGGUUUGUUUAAAAGGUCAAUACCUUUGAAAAUAUAUGUAAAAAUUCUAAAUACGACUUCAUGUAACCUUUACACAGUUGUACAUUUUAUAUAUGAUGGCGACUUCUCAGUGAGUCAACAGGCCAAGUAGUGAAAUCAGCAGUGACUGUCACUCACUCACUUACUCAUCCAGCAGUGACUGUGGUACAGAAAAUUGUACCUUAAAUACAACAUUCUUUUUUGUGUGAUGAAUCGGAAAAUGCGUAGAGUUGAUAACAGCAUUAUUUUGUGUGAACUUCUGGUAGAUAGGUGUAAGUGUACUUGAUUUAUAUUUUGUUAAUAUUCACCGUUGAGUGUUACUAAAGCAUAGUCUCAUGCAUCACUUCUCAGUGUGACCAGUGGUGGAGGCUCAUGACUAUGUAUUCCCUCCAAGCAGAUAGCUGUUUGCUGCUAUGUGUGUGUUCAGGAUUAUGCACAUUGAUUCUUGUAGCAUUAUGCAAAUUAUCUCACCAUACUUGGUAUCUGUAGACGAAGACUAUGAAUAUUGAUUCCAAAGUUUGUACAUGGGGUUUCCUUGACAAGAAGCUGACUUGAGACUACAAUAUCUUAUAAAACAGUGUUUAACUGUGGCAUUGUAACAAAUUCAUAGGGGUCUUCGAUGACCUGUAGUGUUCAUUUGUAGCUUUUGGAUUUUACUCUUUUCCUCAUGUUUUGUAUACAGCAGUGUCUUUUUAUAUGUAUCAUACCAUUAAACUCUAUGUAUACAUAAGACUUCGAUUUCAAAUAAAUCUGAAAUAAAUUUGGUAUCAAAAUGGGAAAUGUGACAUAUGUCAUGACAAGAUCACUGAUUGCCCAUUUGAAUCAGAAAUAUCUUCUAAUAUACAUAUCUAGAUAAAUGUUCUUUAUAGUACACGUCAGGUGUAAUGGACAUGAAAUGGUUUGGUUUGUAACUAAUUAGUGUGUAGGGAUGUUUUUGCACAUUGUUUGACUUCUUGAGAAACAAUAAAAAGAUUUAAAACUUCUGGAA